AUGUCGGCGGAAAGGGAAGCUGCUCUCAAUACGGCAGUGCCGACUCCUUCAAUACCGGAGGAGCCCACAGUAGCAGCGCCAAUUUCGACGCGACCACCACCAAAUGACCGCCUAAGCAUAGCCUUCAAUUACCGUCUACCUCUCACCACACUCCUCGCAUCUGGUGCCGGCUUUGGUCUUGGUCUUACUCAUGGUGGUCAAGUCGCUGGACUCCGCUUCCGCGCUGAGAAUGCACACCGUCUCCCCUCCUCUCAGGUCGGCUGGUACCUUUACCACAAGUCAAAAAACUACCACAUCAUGCUAGGCGGCAUCAAGGAAGGCUUCCGUAUGGGAGGCAGACUGGCCUUCUGGACUGCCAUCUUCUUCGUCUUUGAGGAGGCUGUCGACAGAUUCAGAGGUGCCAUUGUGAGGAAUCUGGCUGGCUUCAAGGAACGAAGGAGGGAAGAACGACAAAAGAGACUGUUGAGGGAUGAUGUCUACGAGACUCCUGCCGAACAAGCUCUGGGUCUGGAGCACUUGCGAAAUGAAAGAGGCGUCUGGGUACAAAGGGACUUUAUGAGUACCGUCAUCGCUGCCAUGGGAACUGCUGGCGGUUUUAGCGCAUGGAACCGCUUCCCUGUCCAGACUGCUGCCAGGACCGCUACUAUGGGUCUCAAAUUUGGUCUCGCGUUUGGACUCUUGCAAGAUGCGCUCAGUGUAGCCAGAGGAAGAAAAGUCGGAUAUGUCGAGUUCGUCCGUCGACAAUUCUUCGGCUCAAGAGAAGAGCCACAAGAGAAGGUCCUCGCCGCGCCAGUUUGA